UGAAUCGCUCUGAAUCUGAUAAUCACCUGUCAAAGUUCCGCAGUAGUGUAUUACAUCCCUUAUUAUCAUAAUUAUAAGCAAAUCAACCCCGAAAUUAGAAGUGCAACCACUGAGCACCAAAAAUACCGUUGGGACGAGUGACUACAGCAUGUGGAGGCUGAGUGAUUCAUCCGGGUGGCAAUGAGUACUUUCAAUAUUAGUGUCUCUGUCUAUGCCCAAGCGUUUUGUUAACACAUAUGUAGCCCAGUGAUAUCGGAAAAGAGAUAUUGAAAACAGAAUAUUUAACGAAGACCUCGACUCCUCCACGAUGUACAACCGCAGACGCACAAACAAUUUCACGUACGUCAGUUCGUGCGUCAAGUACAUGAUCUUCAUUCUGAAUUUUGUGUUCUGGCUGUUUGGAGGGCUCCUCAUUGGCGUGGGACUCUACGCCUUUUUUGACAAAUGGCAAACAACGGGAUCCGUUAGAGUUGAAAAUGUCUAUGACGUUGUGCUCAAUAUAUCUCUGGUUAUGGUCAUUGCUGGUGGGGUUGUUUUUAUCGUCAGUUUCGCUGGCUGUGUCGGAGCACUUAGGGAGAACACUUGUCUUCUGAAAUUUUAUUCCUGGUGUCUGUUAGCUUUCUUUCUAUUCGAAAUGGGAAUUGCAAUCGUGGGAUUUGUGUUCCCACACACCCUUCAGUCCCUGUUGGAGGAGUCUUUCACAGAUAAGAUUAUACAGACGUAUAGGGAGGACCCUGAUUUACAGAAUUUCAUAGAUUUUGGACAGCAAGAGUUCAAAUGCUGCGGUCUGAGCCAACAGGGUUACCUAGACUGGCAGAAGAACGAAUACUUCAAUUGCUCAAGUCCUGGACGAGAAAGUUGUGGAGUGCCAUUCUCCUGUUGCAUAAAUACAACAGAUAUUUCUAGUAGACUAGUGAACAUAAUGUGUGGCUACGAGAUUCAAAUGCUUCCCCCAUCGGAAGCUGGCAAGAGAAUUUGGAUAAGUGGUUGCAUAGAAAUUGUUCGCAGUUGGGCAGAACGCAAUCUCUAUACAAUAGCUGGCAUAGCAUUGGGCAUUGCAUUGAGCCAAUUAUUUGUCAUUUACCUGGCUAAAACUCUGGAGGGACAAAUUGAGAUGCAACGGGCUCGGUGGAGAUCCUGAGCUUGACCACAGGCCUCUGCCUACCGCUAUCAAAUUGAUUCCCAUCCUAGGAGGCAGAUGGCCAGUGCUCGAAGUGCACAUAAUGGACACGAUGGUGAAAUUGGUGCUAAUGCACGUAUGGCAGUUCUCGUACUCCUCGCAAUUUCACUCUACGUUGUAUGUGUACUGUCCCUCAUAAGACUAACAAUAUACUUCAGAGACUAUUUUUAUGAAUAUCUCGACGGUGGUCGAAAGGAGGAGCGUCUAGCAACAUAAUGACAAUUUUCUAAUCGCAAUAUUUUUAACAUUUUCAAAUCUCUUUCGGUGUGACUUUUAGGAUAAUUGGAUCAAUUGGUUUUCGUUAUUUCUCCUUUUGUAUGGAUAUAGAUGUCUCGAUUAGAUUUGAUGGAAUUUCAGUGUCUCGAGUUAUUGUUUCAUAGACUUGUAGUAUUGAAUAUCUUUUGAUACAUUGUGUCGAAAUGAUAGAUAAUUUUCUACCCUGUUCAGGAGAAUCGAAGAAAAUUAUAUGUUUUAUAUGCGAUAAACUCAGUAAUGUUCGUGACUCCUUCGCGGAGCUCAUGCAGAAACGAGUAAUGAUAAUUCUCAAUGUCCAAUGUACAAUUACUGCCAUUGAAUACUCCUCACGAUAAUUUCACGUGUGAUAAAAUUCGAAAAAACAUUCUCGUCCGAAGGAAUUUUUUUCAUUUGCAUUUUAAACAAUGACUUUCUUGAUUAUGACCUGUCAGUAGUAAUUACGUAGGUUUUUGACAGGUGUGUAUUUAUCGCUAAAUAAUUAAUGACUUUAAAAGACUUUUUCGAUAGUAUUUCUUCGUCUGAUAUUUUUCGUUAAUUUCUCACGCCAAUGAAAUUCCCUAAAAAUGAACAAUUUUUUGACGAAUUUUCUUCACACGUAUUAGAAACUUUAGAAACACAAUAUCACAACCAUACUUGCAAAGAAAUAAUGCAGUACUAAAUAAGGAAAAUGAAUAUAACUGGUUCAUUUGCGAAAGCCAUUUUAAUGUUUAUAGAAUUGUAAAUUUAAGUGCACCAGUUUCCAUGAGAAUAAAACGCACAAAUUUACGGUUGCAUUGAUGCCGUUGUGCGAGUAGUUGAAAGAACAAAUGACAUAGUGAUUUUAAAAAGACUAGUUGUUAAGCUUUUUUGCACUUAGAUCGAGGAAUAAUAAUAUGAAAAUAAUAAAUGAAAAA